UAGAUGUUAACCGGCUUCAUCUGGGAGUGGGGAGAGAAAAUCCUUUUCUAUGUGAUUCUUAAAUAGUAGCAUUAUUUACGUUCGUUUCAAAAUGGCUUGCUGUAAGAAAAGAAAGUGUAGUACCAAAGCUAUUCCAGCGACGUGUGCCUGGUCCAUUCUUCUUGGAGCAACAGCAUGUUUCUUCAUUUUCGCCUCUGAAUAUUUUGUGAUGAACAUCUCCCCUCUGAUCAUUGUGUAUGAAAGCUUGGUGGCAAUCUUUGUUAUAUCCAAUUUUGGCUUGGCAACAUUCAUGGAUCCAGGAAUCUAUCCCAAGGCUCAUGAAGAUGAGACAAAUGAGGAAGAUUUCCGUGCACCAUUGUAUAAAAAUGUGGAAAUCCAUGGGAUCACGGUGCGGAUGAAAUGGUGUACAACUUGUAACUUUUACCGUCCUCCAAGGUGCUCACACUGCAGUGUCUGCAACAGAUGCAUCGAGACUUUUGACCACCACUGCCCUUGGGUCAAUAACUGCAUUGGAAGACGGAAUUACCGCUACUUCUUUCAGUUCCUUCUGUCCCUGACUGUUCACAUGCUAAGUGUGUUUACAUUCAGCCUGAUCUAUGUGCUGCAUCACAAGGACAAUCUUUUAACACCGCAUAACAUUGUUCUUAUGUGUGUCAUGGUUAUCAUUGGGCUUCUGCUUUUUCCUGUUGCUGGAUUAACUGGUUUCCACAUUUGGUUGGUAUCCAGAGGAAGAACCACAAAUGAGCAGGUCACAGGCAAGUUCCGUGGAGGGCACAAUCCAUUCUCUAGAGGUUGUGUGGAGAAUUGUAAGCUUGCCCUCUGUGGCAGUAUUUGGCCAAAACUUUCAGACCAUGAACCAAAACAUACCACUGUCAGUGUUGAUGUGUCUAAGAUAGCAUACAAACCAACUCAAAAUGAUGUGAAAAUAUACACUGACAGUAGUAAUGGAAUCAAGUCUGGUACCAAUUCUUACAAUAAGAUGCAGCCGAGGUCUUCUUUAGAUGAAGAUUCAGUUAAAGGCCCAUCCCCACCCAAAACAGAUUCCUACAACAAUCUGUAUGAUGCUUCUUCAAAUGUCUCCCUUGGUGCUGCUGUGCACAAGCCAGCCACUCAAUCCCUGCCAAGAACACACUCUCCAACCCGUUAUAAAAGACCUGCACCAGUGAAUAGACACAAUGAUGUAGGCGAGAAAAGGGCUCCCAUAGCCACUCCAGAGGGCAGUCCAACUGCACAGCGUGCUCAUCCACCAAGAAACUUUAUCAACAGCCCUGGAGCUGGACGGACAGCCCCUCAGAGAAUUCAACAUGUUGGUCAAAAACCCAGCACAAAACGCCCCACAGAUGGAGUAGAACAUACAGGAAAAAGUAAUGGAAAUGUUAAAAACUAUAAUGCUCAAAUUAGAAAUCACCAUCCUGUGGGAUAUAGCCCAUACCCAAAUGGACAGAUACCUAAAAGUUCCAGUCGGAACAGUUUGGGGAGCAGGUCCUCUGUUGAGAGAGGCCCAAUAGAAAAUGGUGGUGCUGGACUCAUAGAAGAGUGGCCUGCUGACAGGUCUGGUUAUAAAAGGCCCAUGUCAUUUGUACGAGCACUAGAGAUGUCUGAAAACAUGGAACAGCAACAGGCUAAAGAAAAAGAACAUGAACGCCAUAAACAGGAAAUUGCACUGGCCAAAGAGAACAAAAAGAGAAGUUUAUAUGAUUCCACAUAUGAAAUUUCAGUUUGAAAUUUCCAGACAAAAAGAAAUGCACUGUAGGUUGACUAGUCUAAGCCUCAGGGUUUUCCAAGGUUUGAAAGGAAAGUAGCUGAAUAUGUUACAAGCCCAGUUUGGUCAAUGAAAGUGCUAUCCCCAAUGUGGAAAAGAUGAGCAUUAUACUCUUGUUUGCACUUGAACUAAUGAGAGUGACGACAUUCUAGUUAUUAAAGCUGGUGUUUUUUUGUUUUGUUUUUUUAGUGUAAGCUUUGUAACAGAAACAAAGUCACAAAUGUUGUGUAUGGUCAGUUUGGGCAAGUAUGUUACAUGUCAUAUUAUAAGAGCCUUGUUACAUAUCGGUGUAAACAACGGAUCAUUCCAUUUUGGUUCAGGUCUUAACAGAAUGCCUUCAGUAUGAAAGGCAAUCAGGUAGGCGGAAUACUGCUAGUGACAAUUUCAGAACUGCAGAGUUGUAAGCAUAUUUUUCUAACCAAACUCUGCAGUCUAUGUUGCAAUCUCAUCAAAGUCUAGAAAAAGUAAGAAAUGUAAAAUUGUAAGAAGGAUCUGUUUGUGGUCUGUAAGAGAGCAAUACUCCCAUAGAUCACUUUUUUUUUAUCAUUCUCUCCGAAGUGAAGAGCUGAUGGGGUCUUCCAAAAAUGUCUAUAUUCAUAAAAGAGAAAAUAGGCUAUUUUUACAACUAUCACAUUAAAAAAAGAAUGAGCAGCAAUGAUUACCAUUUGGUUAUGAAGCCCAAUAACAAACUUGUCAUCUAGGACUUGUGUACCUGUUCAUGAGUUCAUUUUAAAAAUGCAUGUUGUUAUUGGACAACUGAUUACAAGGGAUGAAGUGGAUCCUUGGAAAGUUACCACUGACAGAUACAUACACCUGAUUGCAAGAAUUCAGACCUUGUAUAAGGUAAUUAAGCAUGCUCCUGGUAAAUCAGAAAAAAGUAAACACUUCAAGUGGGUCUUACCGAUUAGGCAGUUGUACAGCAAAAUAUUUUUAAAAAUUCCCUGAAGCUAUGUCCAUUGCCUGAGGCAUACCUUAUAUUAAUCAGGCGAGAAAAGAUCAAAUGAUAAGUUUUUAAGAUCAACCUUGUAAAAAAAAAAGGCACUUCUUUGUCUUAAUUUUUCAACAUUUCUGUUCUGCAAUUUGCGAAUUGACCGGCUAGAAGUGUAGGAACAACUUCGCAGUAUCUUCUUUCUUGAAAAUUGGUAAUGGGGCUCAUAUAUAAAGUAUUUUUCUUUAUUUACCAGACCAAUUGAACUUCUGAUCAUGCCCUCCACAUUAAACAUUUUUUCACACAUUUCGGUAAGACCCGCUUUAAGAACUAGGUGUUUGAAUAUACAGCCAUAAGUUGGUAUAAUUAACCUGGUCUUAAUUGUGGUAAGUUAUUGCUAUGAAACAUUACUUAUAAUGCUUUUUAACUAAAUCGGACCAUUUGGUAAUUAUGUUCAAAUUCUAGUUUAAUAAGUGAAUCAGAAUUUAUAUUUUAUAUUGGGUGACAAACUUGGAUAGAAAAUGGUGUAAAAAAGAUGAUCAUGUCAUUGAAGAUUUUUUUAUAUUUGUUUAUGAUUAUAUUGAAAUAUUACACAAGAUGUUGUUUUGCUUGUUGGCUAAAUGGCAUGUAUUUUAAAGGUUUUUGCUGUGUCCAAGCUUUGCAAGAUUUACACAAUACAACUAAGUGCUAAUUUUGCUCAUUAUAACAUGAUGAUCACAGUGUUUAAUAUAGUGUACAUUGCAUUUACAAGUAGGAUGUUUUCAGACAUAUGUAAUCAGUUUAUAUGAUAACAGAAUUUAGUUAUAUUUAUUAUUGUCAGUCUUCAAAACUGUAUAAAGACAAAAUGAUGUAACAUAGCAAAUGUCUUCUUUUAUAAUAAUAAAAGGUUAUAAACUUA